UUUCAGCAUUUCUCAUCGACCGAGUAAUUUCGAGAAGCUCCCGCUGGCCUACAUUUAGUGUCAUCGGCGGUUUUUGGGCUUUGCGAUCGUGGUUGCAUACAGCAUGGAGAAAGAGUCGGAGCCGUCGCAAGUCCAACCCACACCUGAGGAGCCUGUUAAGUCGAUUGAGGACGAUGGGAAGGGCGAUAGCGCUGCGGCGGCUGAGAGUGUCACUGACGAACAAUGGAGGUCAAUGAUGGAAGUUGUCAUGGCCAUCUAUGAGUUCAGGGAGGAAGAUGGUCAUGAUCCGUCGAAACUAUUCCAACGCAGCGUUAAUAAGCGCAAUGUCCCUGACUAUUACGAUAUUAUAAAAGAGCCGAUGGCUCUCAGUAUUUUAAAGCAGAAGAUAAACAAGAGGGAAUACGUAAAUUUCUCUCAAUUCGUACGAGACUGCGCUCUCAUUCCCCAUAACGCGCAAACCUACAACCGCCCUAAAUCCCAGGCAUAUGAAGACGCACUCGUGAUCAAGGAUGUUUUUAUUACUGAAUUUCAGAAAUUGGUAGAUCAAGGAAUCAUUUCCACUGAGGUAGCUGAGCUUCCAGAUCUCGGCGAGAUCCCUGAAGCAGAUCCUCUUCCGGAAGAGGAAGAAGAGGAAGAGGAAGACGAUGAGGAUGAUGAGGAUGAUGAAGACUCGGAUGACGAUGGUCGGCGGAAAAAAAAACGGGGACCCCGUCCUGGAAGCAAACGAGACGGUGGAAAAGAUGACGGGCAAAAGUCUAAUGAUCCUGAGAUGAGGAAGAAACGAGGUCGUCCGCCGCGCGUGGACACUCCGAUGGAGGCCAGGAUCAAAGCUGUUUUGAAGGGAAUGCGAAAGUUGAAGGGGCCGAGUGGUGCGCUCAAGGUUCGACACUUCGAGCGUUUGCCUGAUAAGGCUACUUAUCCCGACUAUUAUGUGGAGAUCAAAGAGCCGAUUGCCAUUGACAUAAUCAAACGAAAGUCUAAGCGGAAGAAGUACAACUCUGUGGAUCAUUUCAUGAGGGAUAUGGACUUAAUGUUCAACAACGCCAAAGUAUACAACCAGCCUGAGAGUCAGAUUUAUAAAGAUGCCGCGGACUUGCAAGUUGAAUCGCGAAAACUCGCUGAAAUCGAGAAAAAGAAACCGGACAGUGAGUAUCUUAUGGAAGAUGGGCGUCUGCCAUUACCGGACGGAAUUCUCUAUAAAGGCGAGUUGUGGAAGGUCGGUGAUUGGGUUCAUAUACAGAACCCUAACGAUGUAACCAAACCCAUCGUGGCGCAGAUCUAUCGUACUUGGCAAGAUUCUGAGGGCGACAAAUGGGUCAAUGCCUGUUGGUACUACCGUCCCGAGCAGACCGUCCACCACCUUGAGAAGCACUUCUAUCCAAACGAAGUAGUGAAGACUGGCCAGUACAGAGAUCAUCGGAUCGAGGAAGUGGUGGAUCGCUGUUUUGUGAUGUUUUUCACUCGUUACAACCGCGGUCGACCCAGAGGCCUCCCUCCUGAUAAGGAUGUAUAUGUCUGUGAAGCUCGGUACAAUGAAGAGAAACACAAGCUGAACAAGAUCAAGACUUGGGCAAGCUGCCUUCCAGACGAGGUGAGGGAAAAGGACUACGAAAUGGAUUUGUUUGAUGUACCUCGGAGGAUCAAGAAGAUCCCAAGCCCUAUAAAGCAUUUGCUCAAAAGCGACGCAAAGGAGACAGAUGAUCUUCCAAAACCGACUUGGGGAGCCGAGAACGCGCCCCCAAUCGUUGGUGCUGUUCAUCGUCGCCCGCGAGAUGAGAAUGAAUCACCUCCACCUGAGCCAACACCUUCCCCACCCCCAUCUUUACCUCCACAGAAUGUGCCUUCUGCUCCCGCCCGGCAGGCCUCGAUCAGUCAGCCUCCACAGCGGCCGAGUGUGGAUAGCCAAGGUAACUCUACUGUAGCUGGAACCACUCCCGUACCACCACGCUCGCCUGCGGCGCCGAUCCCUCCUAUCCAAAACGCGCCCGUUCCAGUUCCUUCGGCAACUUAUCAACCUCAGUUACCCCCUGCUCCUGCAUAUCAGCCCGCCUUACAGAGACGUUCUAGCGGCUUUGUACCGCAGACUCCACACCCCUCCUACCAGACAUCGGCCGUAUCUCAUCCGUACGCAGCUGUCCAGCCAGCACCACCAUAUACACCAUAUCAGGCAAACCGCAUGCAGAUUCCACCAGGGGCGGUGUACAACCCCAAUGCUCCUCGCCCAAUUGAAGUGUUCCAUUUAAGCGAUGCUGCUAAUGCUGCCAUUCCGGAAGAUAUUCGAGAACAGUUCCACUGUGAUAAUCAAGGUCACGUACUGUUUUUUUCGUCGCCGCCUCUGGAUAUCAUUCCGCCCUUCCAGCAAAAGUUAGGCCAUUCGCUUAAAUAUUUAGCAGUGAAAGAAGAGCGGCGGAGACUGGUCGAAACGAAGAAGCGCAAGGAGAGAGAAGAAUGGGUGGAACAAGAUAAAAGAGCAAAGCGUCAGCGGGCUAACGAGGAGGCGGCGCUUGUUGCUAGGGUUGAGUCUCUUACCACGAAGGCUAUUAGCACCAUGGUAGAUCACAUUGGGGCCGGUACUGAGAUGCUCUAUAAGUUCUUAUAUCGUGACCAGGCAGAAAGAGCUAAACAGAUAAAUGCUAGAACUCUUGAGCAGAGGGUUCUUACCGACCAGAUUAACAGAGAGAAGACCGCGCAAAUUCAGGCACGGUCAAAGGGAGCGGCGGCGUUUGUCCCUCUCAACGGGGAUACCAUGUGCACGGACGAGACUUGACCCAUAAGCCUAAUAGAAAGGCAAAUGCAGUUCCCAAUUCAAUCAACGGAGUGCUAGUUCUCUAUUACCAUUGCUGUUACCGUUGUCAUUGUGCUGUUCUUUUCUUUUUUUUUACCGAGACGUUGAGUCGGGUGGCACUGUUAUAUUGGGAUAAUCUUAUGUAGCUUCGUCUAGAUAUUUACCUAGACCAUCGGCUGGGUAGUUUGAUGAUUAAUU